AUGUCUACUACCAACUCCACCGACGUUGUCGCUGCCCAGGGAUUUUGGCCCUCGCAGACGGCACUGCCGAUGCCAGGGUUCUCCCACAGCACUUGGAAUUCAACAGACGAGGCGCAUUCAAUGGCUCAUAAGGCCGUAUAUGCCUCGGACAUGUAUAUCCGCGGCAGUGUCUUGGGUCAGGGAGCGUGGUCUAGAGUCCAUAAGAUGAAGAGAGUCGCAGACGGCAAGCUUUUCGCCGGCAAGGCGUCUUGUGAUGAGCAGCUGAAACAGGAGAUUGAUAUACUUCUCAAGUUCAAUCAUAACCAUAUCUUGAAAUUCAUUGAAUUCCACCAGCAAGGUGAUGCCCCAGGGGCUAAGAUCCUCAUCACCGAGCUUUGUGCAUAUGGCGACCUGUCCGAGCACAUCCAUCACACUUCUGCCGGCAUGGGCAAGAUGGACAUCCUCCGAGUUAUGAGCCAAAUAGGGGAUGCCCUUGCUUUUAUCCAUGGACAGAAUUACUAUCACUCGGACAUUAAGCCGCGAAACAUUCUUAUCCGCAAGCUAAAGCCCAUCGAGGUCGUUCUGGCCGACUGCGCAGACUGCAAAGUCCAAGGCACCGAGGUCUAUAAUGACAAACAUCAUCGCCUGCAGGCUGGGACGUACAAGUUCUGGUCUCCAGAGAUGACGAAGAAUAUCCCUCGCAAUGGCAAGGAAGACGAUAUCUGGGCUCUCGGAGUUACGCUGCUUACCAUGAUGGCGCAAGUACCGCGGAUGGACAUCACACAGAAGAACAGGAACAAGAUUCACAAGGACGUGUACGAACAUUCCAAACGCUGUACCAAGCACGCACGAGACCUCGAGAAACUGAAUCCAGAAGACGGACUGGUGAAGCUUGUUAGACGCAUGCUGAUUCGCGCGUCUUGUGGGCGUAUUUCGGCGGCGGAUUGCAGCCAGGAGGCCGAGAGGCUUUUGGACGAGUUGGAUAUGGAUAUGGAAGAGUCUAGGGAAAGGGGCACGGAGGGAUUGGGACUUCGAUCGCCUGAGGGAUUCACGCCUCCUUCUUUUUGGUAA